AUGGAGAGGACAGCUGUUUGCAAGGACAGUCGUCGAUGUGUCAACAGAAAUGAGCGAUCUCACACAAUUAAGUACGCGAACGCCACCAUGUCUAGCCAGGAUCUUCAAGGAAGUUCCGGUGGGAGAGGCUAUCAACCGUACGAUCUCUCGCAACGACAACAGAGGCCUAGUCAGGAUUCAGCAGAUCGUGUGAAACGGCCAAUGAACCCAUUUUUGCUGUUUUGUCAGAAGCGCAGAGGCGAAUUGAUGAAAGGUCAGCCAGGAAUGAAGCCGUCCGACAUUAGCAAACAGCUCGGAGAAGUUUGGAAGGGUAUGACUGACGAGGAUAAAAAGCCAUAUAUUGACGAGGCGCACAAAUUGAAAGCGGAUUUUGAAAAGAAUCAUCCCGAUUACAAGUUCCAACCAAAGCGGAAACCAAAGAGUGCCAAAUCAGUUGAAUCCAAGACAUCAAACGCCUCCCAAAGUUCAGCGCCAGCAACACCAUCAUCUUCUAUAACUGUUCCAGCAGCAUCACAGGCUUACCAAUACUACCCCAAUCUGGCUACUCGUCCGGCUCAAAGCUUCGCCACGUCAGCAGCAAUGUUGCCAAUGACCCAGACUCCAUAUGGUGCAUUUAACUUUGCAUACCAGCCACCAACAACCGCUGCUCAAAAUGCAGGAGCCGCCCCGGCAACUAGUAUCGCUGAUCCUGCGACAACUACUGCCAAUCUUCCAUUCUAUUAUUAA